ACAUCAACAAAGCAUCGAUAAAAUUGAUGGAAAUUGGUUUCACUUAGUGAAAUUUAAAAGCAAUCCCCAAGUUUUAGAGGCGAAUGAACUGAAAAAUUUAAACCCUCUUAAAGCCAUAAAGAAGAAGAAGAAUCCCCAAGCGGAAGAGAACGGAACGGAAGAGAUAUGUCUCUAUCACAGAUCAUUGAUAAUCUGUGUCGCAUCUGCUUCAAGAGCUGUACGAGAGUCGUUUCCCUUAACGAAGUCAUAAAUGGGAAAACACUGGCUGAAAUGCUACGAUUUUGUGUAAAAAUAGAGAUUUUUGAAAACGAUGACCUACCAUUUCAAUGUUGUGUAGAUUGCAAUUUUGAUCUAAUAGUAGCGUAUAACUUGGUGAUACGUUGCAAGGAAUCUGAUGCUUUGUUUCGAAGGCAGCUAACCGAUAGUAAAGACGAUAUGCGACAAGUAGCACAUGAAUCUAGGAAAGCGAUAAAAAACCGUCAAUCAGAAACGGAGCUCAAGGCACACAAAGAAUGUAUUUAUUCGGAACCAAUAUCAGAUCUGUUGGCAUCAAACAGUGAACAGUCCAAAAAAAUAGCUUGUGAGGAAAGCGGAAGUUUAUCCAUUUUUAAUAACAAUAAUGAUAAUGAUGAGGAAGACGACAGGAAAAUCGACGUCGUCAUCAAGCAAGAGGAAGUUAGGAAAGAUGAGAAUGUGGUAAAUCAAGAAACUGAUACAGAUGAUAGCAAAUCGGACGAAAAUGUAAGCGAUGUUAAACGAAGGCGAUAUGUUAGGGAAAUUCCAUCAUCAUUCCCCAAACGAUGCUGUGAAUGCAAGAUGCGUUUAGAAAAAAUAGAACAGGUUAAGCAACAUUCUAAAAUGCAUAUAGAAUUAAGAGUUACCGACCAGCAAACACUUACUGAUAGUCCGUUUGAAUGUUCACUUUGCUUUAAACGGUAUUCUACAUAUCAUGCAUUACUUCUCCAUCAACGAGAAAUGUUCAUUGAGAAACAAUUUCAUUACGAUGAACGUGACGAGGAUUUCCUCACAAAAGUUCAAUUGGAAGAUUAUAAACAACUCUUUGAUAGGAAUAAGAGUAUCAGAAAGGGGCAGCUUCCACAAUGCUGUGCUUGUUACCAACAGUUUGAGUCCGAAGAAUUGUUGAAGAAACAUUGUGACGAAAUUCAUCUCCCAGAGAGCCAAGCUUCAACAAGCGAUAAUGAAAAGAAAAUCGUUUGUGACAUCUGUCACCGCAGAUACAAAACUAAACGAUUAAUGCUGGAUCACCAAGCGAAACCAUACCGUACCAAACAUCAGUGCGUCCAUUGUGGGAGAACAUUUCGAGACACAACCGCCCUCGCUGACCACGAACGUUGUCACCAGGGAGAACGUCCUUUCGUCUGUCCGAUUUGCUCAAAAUCAUUUUCCAUUAAAGACUCGUACAGAAGACAUGUAAAAUUGCAUUCAGUUGAAGAGGACCACUUCAAAUGUCACAUUUGUAGCAAAGGGUGCAGGACUAGGGGGAACCUUAAUUCUCACAUGAGAACUCAUACCGGCGAUAAACGCUUCAAGUGCGAUACGUGCGACGCGAACUUUGCAUAUCCGAACGAUCUCAAACGCCACAUUCUGGCGCACUCUGGUGUGAAACCACAUGUCUGCAAUGUAUGUGGGAAACAAUACCCCAGACCGGAUUAUUUGCGUAAACAUUUGCAAUCACAUGAUACAAAAAAUACUUCUAGCACAUUCGACUGUCACAUAUCUGAAUAAAGUUCAUGUCCCAAAUGUUUAGGUGUCUUUUCUAAAAUUUCCUUUAUUGAACUGAUUUCACUGGGAAAAUAUUCAGACAUAAGUUACCAUAAAAUGAUUACCAAAUACGUUACCGUCAUCUAGAGUUUUAAGAUUUUUCUAUCGGCCGUGCAAUGUGGUUUCUACUUAAUCUACUUGAUUCGGAUCAAUAAUAAAAACAU